UUCCCAUUUCCUCUGAGUGCUCACUUUUUCCCAGGCUCCCCAGUCUGGGACACAAAAGUCUCUCUCUACAGUUUUUGUUUCACUCUGCUCAGAAGCUGUCAUUGCUUAAGACGUUCUGAAGAAUUAAUGACUCAAAGAAAUGACACCUCUUCAGUCCUUGGCUCUCUCCCUCCUUCUUGCUUUGCUGGCACACUAUUCAAAUCCGAUGGAGGACAAUAAGAUUCACAGUCUGUGUAUGGGAAGCCCAGGUAUCCCGGGUUCUCCAGGAUUGCAUGGCAGGCCAGGCCAACCAGGUAGAGAUGGCAGAGAUGGGAGAGAUGCACCCCUUGGGGAGAAAGGGCAAAGAGGAGAUCGUGGAGAGCCUGGUGAGCCAGGCAUGAGGGGCCUGACUGGGGACAGAGGUGAUCCAGGAGAAAAAGGUGAGAGGGGACCCUCAGGAGAGUGUGCGGUGGCUCCUAAGUCAGCAUUCAGUGCCAAGUUGUCUGAAUCCCUCACCAUGCCAUUAGCAGUAGGGGAUGCAGUGCGCUUUGAUAAAAUCAUCCUAAACGAGCAGGGCGAUUACAACGCAGAGACCGGACGCUUCACAUGCAGGGUGCCAGGUGUUUACUAUUUUGCCGUCCAUGCCACUGUGUACCGCUCAAGUCUACAGUUUGACCUGAUGAAGAAUGGACACGCCAUGGGCUCCUACUUCCAGAUGUUUGGCAACUGGUCCAAGCCAGCAUCACUAUCUGGAGGCACUCUGCUGCACCUGAUUCCCGGCGAUCAAGUGUGGGUGCAGAUGGCUUUGGGCGAGUAUACAGGCUUUUACUCGAGCCCCAAGACAGACAGCACCUUCAUUGGCUUUCUGGUAUACUCAGAUUGGAAAAACUCUGCUGUUUUUGCUUAGAUUUGAGGUACAUACUACUUUUACCCAAAAAUACCUGCAGUAAAAACACUACAAAGAUUUUUUACAUUUGUAUUUAUUCUUUGAGGAGCAAAUUGUGUGCUGCAAAAUACAAAAUUUUGAUAGCUGAUACAAAUGAAUGUCUAAGGUUUUGAGGGAAUCUAGAAAGGAAAACAAAUAAUUUUCACUGUUUUUUCUUAUGCAUUGUACUGCAACAGUUAUAGACUAAGGCUGUAAUCACUGUUUAGUCUUUUCAGAGUCUUUUCUAAUAGACAAUGUACUCAGCCUCAUUUGAACAUUAUGUAAUUUACAGUUAAUAACAUAUUACAUAAAAUUCCUGUAGCUUUCGCUUAUAGUAUUUGUCAGUGAAAUAAUAAAAUUGCAGAAAUAUCAAUGCAAACCAAUUCGAAAAUAUCAUUAUUUUAUUAUUUUUUUUUUAAUUCUAUGAAUUGAUUUAUUCUGGUACAGAUUGGAAAAAAAAAUCAGAACACCUUUGAAUUAUGACUUCAAUAAAGUUAAUCUCUGAGAGCGAAUGCUUUCUCUUUCAUUUAGAGUUAGUUUGAUAAAUUGUUUGUUGUCCUCUCUUUUGCUUUAAAGGUACCAGGGGCCUUGUUAUGACGAGCUGUGUGUUGCUUUGGUUGUAAGCCCAAACUGGUAAUGGAGAAGCAUUCAUGCAUAGUCACAGAUGUUCUUUGGUUUAAUGACUUCACCAAAGGCCAUUAUUAAAACCCAUUUUCAGGCAAGGCUGUAACAUUACUGCUUUACACUCCAUAGCCUGUAUAGCAGCCUCCAAACCCCAUAAAGCCACCCAAUCAUCAACACACACACACACACAACACUGUUUG